AUGGGAUCCAUGGCCAGUACAAAUAACGUCACUGAGUUAAUUAUUACUGGCCUUUUCCAGGAUCCAGAGAUGCAGAGACUGUGCUUUGUGGUGUUUCUUCCUGUGUACCUGGCCAUGGUGGUGGACAAUGGCCUCAUCUUGUUAACAGUCAAUGUAAGCAAAAGUUUGCAUUCCCCCACGUACUUCUUCGUUAGCUACUUGUCCCUGGUGGAGAUCAGUUACUCCUCUACUUUUGUCCCUAAGUUCAUUACUGACUUACUCACCAAGAUUAAAACCAUCUCCUUCGAGGGCUGUCUGGCUCAGAUAUUCUUCUUCUACUUCUUUGGUGUGACAGAGAUUCUCUUGCUCACAGUGAUGGCUUAUGACCGCUAUGUGGCCAUCUGCAAACCCCUGCACUAUACAACCAUCAUGAGCUGGCCUGUGUGUCACCUUCUGGUGGCUGGUUCCUGGCUGGGGGGCAUAAUUCUCUCCAUGGUUCAGAUCCUUGUCACUGUUCAUUUGCCCUUCUGUGGCUUCAAUGUAAUUGACUACUACUUUUGUGACUUCCACCCCCUAUUCAAGGUUGCCUGCACUGACACCUUUAUGGAGGGUGUUAUUGUGUUGGCUAACAGUGGCUUAAUCUCUGUUGUUUCCUUCCUCAUCUUAGUAUCCUCUAAUGCCGUCAUCUUAGUCAACUUGAGGAGCCAUUCUGCAGAGGGGAGGCACAAAGCUCUCUCCACUUGUGCCUCCCAUAUCAAGGUGGUCAUCUUGUUCUUUGGACCUGCCAUCUUCCUCUACACGAGGCCCUCUUCCACCUUCACUGAGGAUAAACUGGUGGCCGCUUUCUGUACAGUCAUCACCCCCAUGCUGAACCCCAUCAUCUACACACUCAGAAAUACAGAGGUGAAAAAUGCUAUGAGAAGAUUGUGGUACAAGAAAGUGAACUCAAGAGUGGAGUUAAAAUGA